UUAUGCGUAUUGAUUUUUCACAUAGAUUUUUGCAAUCAGCGGAGGCAGAUAGACGCUAUUUGCUGGCACAUAAACCUAAUGAGUAUAUUUACAAGACAUAUUAAUCUUACAUUCACAUUUCAUAACUAUAAGGCACAUAAAACCCGAUCCUAUAACAAUACGCACAUAUAACUUAUUAGCUAAUACCCAUCGCGCGCUGCUGUGAUUUUCAACAAAAUAGGAAAAUACAAUUUGUUCCAAAGCGCCAUCUGGCGGGCAGAUAAUGUCCAACUAAUAGCAAACAAACACGCCCCAUAAUAAAUACCUCUAUAAAUCACAUACAUACAAACUUUGACUUUUAUAUAGAUAGAUAGAUAGAUAGAUAGAUGUGUGCGUGUACAUAUUUUAUACAGUUGACACAUAGAAGGUAUGUGUGCGCGUGAUAACAUUAGCAUUUCAUCUUCAUAUGGAUUUUAAGUGGUUUGAAGCAAAUAUAAUUAACGUUUGGAUUUUUUUCAGUGUAUGUAUGCAAUUAAAAGAACCUUUUUUCAAGAUUUGCAGUACCGAUCUUAACCAAUUUGAAGGUUACCAUCCGUGCAUCUACUUUCUACGGAUUCUGUUAUUUAUUUGUUAAUAUUGGCGUUAGCACUCCAAGCACUAAACCCAAAAAGGUUAUGUUGAGCACUAGUUCUAAAAAUUAGUCGUUCAGCUAAUUUUUAAUUGCUUUGGUGAUUGACAUCGUAUUCAUUUUUACUUAGACGUUUGACUUCAGCAUUUCAUUUUUGUUUCUCUCUUAAGCUACCAGUACAACUACACUGUAAAUAAUCUACACUUUUUACAUUUCUUACUAAAGAAAUGUAUAGGAUUCGCUCAACCUUUGAAAACUUUUCCGAGGCCCGGAGGGCCGAGUUUCAUAUACCAAUCGACUCAGCUAGACAAAUUGAGACAAUGUCUGUAUGUGUGUGUUUGUGCGUAUGUAUGUAUGUACAAAAUGUCAUGUAAUUAUCUCAGCAAUGACUGAAACGAUCUCAAUGAAACUAGUUUCAAAUGAACGGCCUAAAGUGACCAUUUGGCACUAUUAUUUUUGUUUUUCGAUAUGUUGUUUACUUUUCGGGAUAUGGGUGAUAUUGUCACAACAAAACGCGUUUUAGACGAAUAUCUUUCAAACAACCCACCACGUUGCGCAAAUUAGACAGGUGUCGAAAGCUUAUGAAAAUACCUUUCGAACAAGCUAUAAUUUGUCAAAAUCCGUUUACGAGCGGCGGAGAUAUUAAACAUUUUGUAUUUUUAUUCCUCGCUUACCAAUUUUCAUUAUCUAAAAAUGAGACCGUUACAUACAGAGUAUUGAUUUACUGGUGUUUUCGGAGCUAAACUAAACCGAUUUUGAAUAUCGAGGUAUGGAAACGCAUCUACGUGAUUCAAGGAAUUCGUUUCUCGAAACUGAAUUACCUCAAUAAUAUAUAAAUUAUCGAUCUUAUUCUGCGCGGCGUGUGACGUGAGGUGACUAAAUUCGCCUCACUUUACUUGACUUUUUUCUCCCGAUUCUGAGAAUUGACUCGAGUGAGGUGAGAUUCCCCUUUGCGGUUAAAUGGACGUCUCACGUCACCCGAAGUGACUCUUCAGAAUUGGGUGAGAAAAGUCACUUAGAGUGAAGUGAGAUUAGUCCUCUCACGUCACACGCCGCGCGGAAUAGGGUCGUAUUUCUCAAAAAUUGAUAUGCAAGUUUUCUUCAAAGACAAAAUAAUGUGUAAGUUGACCUCAUAGUGAAAUUUUUCUAGAGUUUAUGAAUUUAUCCCUUGAAUAAGGCGUUGCGUUCAACCGUAAGGUAGAUGGUAGAGGGUAUAUUAAUUCAUAGAUCAAGUAAUCAAGUAAUCAACCUAGGAGUGAGAUAAAAGAUUUCUCAUAUAAUUAUCCGUCCGUAUUGAUAGCACUUGAUCCAUAUAAAUGACACAAAUAACUGAAAGCUGUAAUAUUAAUACAUUGUUUUUUGAUGGAUAAAAUAAAGUGUGACAUCUGAUUAUUCAACACAUAAAAGAAAGGUAUAAGAACGGCUCAAAUUUUGAAGAAUUUUUACGAAGUCCGAGGGGGAAUUCUCACACACAAAUUGAGACAAUGUUUAAGUGUAUUACACUAGCUUACAAAUUUUGGGUUAAUUGUAUGAAGUUAAGAAAAAAGGUGUUUUCUAAGUCAAUUUUGGGUCGCUGAGCAUGAAAAUCAUAUCCAUUUUCUUUUUCAAAGAACCGUUUUUGGUCAAUAUCUCAGGAACAAAUCUUCCGGGGGGGAGGGGAGGAGUUGCUUCUCUAAUCUUCCGGUCAUCACAUCGCAUGCUUUGGUAUUUGUAGAGUUAGGAUGAAAUAACUCUGACGUCGAGACGAGCAGUCUACCAGCAGAGCAGCAGUCCACCAGCAGAACAGAAGUCCUCCCGCAGAGCAGAGCAGCGUUCUACCAGCAGAGCAGCAGUCCACUAGCAGAGCAGUAGCCUACCAGCAGAGUAGCGGUCUAUCAGCAAAGCAGAAAUAACAACCGUUGCCUAGCAGCAGCAACGAGAGGUUCGAAUGCGCUUAUAAAACCAAGGGUCCUUUUGGUUUUGGACUCAUUCGAUACUCGGACGUCAAGGAAAGCAGUCCACUAGCAGAACAGCAGUCCACCAGUAGAGCAGCAGUCCACUAGCAGAGCAGCAGUCCACCAGCAGAGCAGGAGCUUACCAGCAGAGCAACGGUGCAGCGGUCUACAAGCAAUAACAACCGUUGCCUAGCAGCAACGUGCUAACAAAAGCAGGUGGCUUUUUCGGACAUCAUAACGAGCAGCCAACCAUGGAGCUCAACAAUUAUGUUCAAGCACCAAGCGAAAAUCACGACAAUGGCGCAGGCGGUACGACACAUGACGAACCAAGAAGGUAAGUUACCAUGAUGUGCUAAAAAAAGUGUUGGCCAAUUUCGCACUUACAAAGCUUCUGAUGAGAAGGCAGAGCUACAGAAAACUAUACUGCACAUGUCGUCGCUGUUGUGCUAUCUUAUGACAAACGCCAUUUUGGGGUAAACUGAGUUAGAUAUGCAACAUCACUAAUCUGAAAAUUCUCUACAAAAUGGCGUUUUCGGAAUUUUGAAAUUUUGCUUGGUUACUGAGGUAUAUCGAAAAAAGUGAUGAGAAAUUGUCAGAUUUUUGCUUUAAAUCACUGUAUCACUGGGAUUCGCUUAAGUAAUGUAGAAGUUUUAGAUGUUUUUAUAUGUAAAAAUGUCUGAGGAACACAAUGGCAUAAUAAUUUUCAAAAUACAAAUGCAUGUAUUGUUAGAAAUAUGCAGUUUUAUUUUUAAAUUGGCAAUAUUUCAUGUUUGGCAACACUGUAAUUAAAAAUUACUAUUUUUUCUAGAUCGCUUGCUCGAUUUCCUUCAAAAUUCAUCUCAUCGAUUGUUUCUAGGCCGAAUAAAGCCGAAGAUAUUAAUAAAAGUUAAUAAUUGAUGCUUUUUUUCUAUGGGAAAUUUUCCAUGCACAAUUAUGACACGCCAUACAAAUUUUGUCAUCAAUACACGCCUACGACACGUGUGAGUGCGACUUUUGUUUACAUUUAUAGUGAAAACUCGCAACAUAGUCAACCGAACUUUGUGAUAUUUAAGAGUUUCAUACAGAAUAGAUAGAAGCAUUAAUUGUCUUCUUUGAAUUGUUUUUACCAUUUAUAAGUUUCAAGAUAUUCAAUCUCAAAUUUUAAAAAUCGUUUUUCUCGAAAUGUGCUAAAUGGCGCUUGUCAUAAGAUAGCACAACAGCGACGAUGUACCUCCGAUGUGUAGGCGGAAAGUACUCAUUUUUAUUUAAAUAACGAAACAUUGAAACGUGAUUGUUGAUUGCAAUUUAGAACUCUAGUCAGAGUAUGUUCGCCAAUUAUUUUUUUCGUAUGAACUAUGGAAUUUUUAUAGCAACUACUCUGAUUUGGUUAAAAAAAGGAAAUCAGCAUAAAUAAGACUUCGAUGAGAAGGCGGAAGCUUGAUUAAUUAAAAAACCCUCAGAAUAAUUAUGAAAAUAAGACCGAAAUUUAAUAGAAAAUUUUCGGUAUCCUCAACAGGAAGUCCAAGAAAGGAAGUACGAAAAAGAUGCUUCUGGACGAAUUAGCUGCAUUAAGGCAGGAGUUGGCUCGAACUCGGAAUGAAAAAGAUGCAUUGUUGAAUACUUUGGCGGUUUCGGAUGCACCCAACGCGUUUGACCCUAUAAGAUGCAGUACUGUACGUGACGAGUCAACUGGAAACGUCGAAGGAACACUAAUUGCAAGUGUUAACAAUAUGUCGCUGAGUACGAUGAACAUCACUGAAUGUAAACCUACAGAGGGUGAAGCGGAAAUUGACAAAAAGGGCUACGCAUAUUGGCAGAACAUUCUUGUUGCUUCCUUGAAUUUGAUUCAAGCAACUGACGAAAACACUAAAAUGGAUGUUUUCAGAAUUAAAGCAGGGCCACAGCUUUUAGAACUACUGCAAGGAAUCAAGUCGACAACAGAAAUGCCUGAUGAGAACAUGUGUCCGUUUUCUAACGCGCUUGCUCGGUUGGACGGCUAUUUUGGGUCUAGAGCAUAUAUGCUUUCCCAAAGAAGUAAAUUGCUGAACACGGCACAGCAAGUAGGAGAAUCAAAUACUCAAUUUGUUCGGCGCGUGGCAGCAUCAGCUAAACUAUGUGGCUACGAUAAGGAGGAUGACGAAAUGGAAGCAGUAGCACGUACGAUGAUCAAAAGCUCUAACGACAAACGCGUUCGGACUCUCGCGCAUCGAAACUGGAUCAAACAUGGGUCAUUAAAUGAUCUAAUUGAUCUGGUUCGAGAUUAUGAAACAGAGAUAUCAAACGAAGAAGAAUCUCAAAAAAUACAAAAGUCACAAGGAUCAGUUUCGAUAGCAGCUAUCUCAAGUAACACAGAAGAUCGCGGGAUUUUUCGGAAUACAUUGGGUAAAUUCAAUAGAAAUCGUGGCAGAGGAUCAUAUCAACGUGUCGCAACAUACGCUCGAGAGCAGCCGGGGAAAACUUGAUGGCGUUGUGCCAGCAUUUACCAUAUUCCAACACAAUGCCCAUGCACUGACAAGGUAUGUCGCAAUUGCAACAGACGAGGGCACCUAGCUCGAUGCUGUCUAGUUCGAAAGCAGGUUGGAACAUCUACGAAGCGUGCAGCUGAGCUGGAUGACGAAGCACCACCUCGUAAAAUUGCGGCUAUCAAGCACGAAGAAGAAAAAAAUGAUAUAGCGCCAGUAGAUGUAAGUGAAAUCGAUUAAAAAAAAUUGUUUUUGAAUAUACCCUGUUAAAAAAAGGAGUAAGAUUUCAUAUACAAGUAAUUUGUUCAUUGAAUUGUUUGCCAAACGAGUUUUAUAAGAUUUUCCAACUAAAAAAUAUAAGAAAUAUGUAAUCUACAUCAACUCACGGAGAGUUAAUCGAAAAUGAUAACUGAUAAUAAUAAAAAAAAUAUAUAUAUUACAGGUACGAACCCCAAUUGCUACUAUCCCAGCAGUUAUUGAAAAAGUUGUAUCAGUGAUUAGAAAUCAGCAAACGGAAGAGGAUGCUUUCGUAGUUGCACAUGUAGCUGGUAUGAGGGUCAUAUUUUUCUUUGACUCUGGUGCACAAGUUAAUACGAUAACCAAAGCGUCUUUCGAUAAAAUCAUCAAAAACAAAUCAUACUGUAACAAGCUAAUUGAUUUGAGUUACGCGUCCGACAAAUCACUAAGGGCUUAUGCAGCUCAAACCGACAUCAACGUUAUAGCAACAUUUUCGGCAGAGUUGUACGUAUCCAAAGAUAGGCCAGUUUACAUUGAAAAAUUCUUUGUCGUAGAUGAAAAGAGAGCAUUGCUUGGGUUUAGCACUGCCACAAGAUAUAGUAUUCUAGCUGUGGGAUUAAAAAUACCUGUGGCUAAUUCUCAUAACAGUUCCCAUUGGUCAUGCGAACUUGCAGCAAUACAUGCGGUAUACGGCUCGCCAGGGCAAGAGUUCCCCAAAUUCAAUAUACCACCAGUCGUUUUAUAUUAUGACAAAGAUAUGCCACCGGCUAGAAAUAUAUUCACUCACAUCCCAGCUGCAUACAAGGAAUUGACAAAGCGCAAGCUGCACGCUUUGCUUUCUUCUGGCGUAAUAGAGGAGGUUACCACAGAUAUGGACCGCUCAUUCUGUUCAUCACUUUUGGUUGUACGAAAAGGACACGAUGAUAUUCGACUUGUUGUCGAUUUGCGAGGUCCUAAUAAAUGCAUACACAGAACUCCGUUUAAAAUGCCGACAUUUGAGGAAAUAUUAAUGUAUCUCCACGGAGCCAAAUGGUUUUCAACCAUCGACCUCAAGAGCGCAUUUUUCCACGUUGUUCUCGACGAGAGUUGUCGACACCUCACGAAUUUUUUUUCUGGGGAAGCCAUAUAUAGAUGCUGUCGAUUGCCUUUCGGUCUUUGCAAUGCUCCUGAUAUUUUUCAGGAGAUCAUGCAAUCAACAAUCCUAUCGGGAUGCGAAGGAGUUGUUAAUUAUCUUGACGAUAUUCUGAUUGUUGGAAAAACAAGAGAAGAGCACGAUAGAAAUUUAAAAAAUGUUUUAUCCCGGCUACAAGACCAUAACGUCGAAAUAAAUAUGGAUAAAUGCGCAUUUAAUAAGCAAGAUGUACCAUUCCUGGGACUCAGAUUAUCGGAAAAGGGUUGGAGUAUAGAGGAUGACAAGAUUCAAGCAAUAAAACAUUUCAGAAAACCAGAAACCCAAAACGAGGUAAAAAGUUUUUUGGGAUUGAUCAAUUUCAUCGAAAAAUUCCUACCACAGCGUGCCGAUAAAACACGACAUCUCAGAGAGGUUGCAAGAGCUGAUCAUUUCUUUUGGACACGGGAACAGGAUGAAGAAUUCAAAUUUCUUACACAAAGCGCCUGGAAAACGAUCCAAAUAUUGGGUUACUAUAAUAGAGAAGAUGUAACAGAGCUCUUCGUAGAUGCAUCACCAUAUGGACUAGGGGCAGUGCUUGUUCAGUUUGACUCAAACGUGAAACCUAGAGUGAUAGCAUGCGCUUCAAAAGCCCUUUCACCUACCGAGAUGAAAUAUCCACACACACAAAAAGAGGCAUUAGUAAUAGUGUGGGGAGUAGAAAAAUUUGCUACUUAUCUCAUGAGUAUCCAAUUCACCAUAAGAUCUGACGCACAAUCAAAUGAAUUUAUAUUCAGCGGUAUGCACAGAAUUGGAAAGAGGGCAGUUUCGCGUGCUGAGGCGUGGGCGCUCAGAUUGCAACCCUAUAAUUUCAAAGUGGAGCGAAUACCCGGAAAUGAAAAUUUAGCCGACGCAUUAUCUAGAUUGGUACAGAACCCACAGCCAACAGAGUCAUUCGAUGAAACGGCAGAUCGACACCUUCUAUACUUGUUAGAUGCAGGAACUAUGGAUUUCUCCUGGCAUGAAAUAGAAAAAUACGCCGAGGAAGAUGAGGAGCAACUAGAAAUAAGAACAUCCUUGAAAACAGGGCAUUGGAAAAAACAACACCGGUGUUACGAAUCACAAGCAAAGUAUUUACAUACCCUAGGAGAUUUGAUUUUUAAAAUGGAUCGGGUGGUUUUACCAUACAAACUUCGAGAAAAAGCGCUCCAGAUUGCACAUCAAGGCCAUAUGGGAGCUGCAUCUAUGAAAAGGAUUCUGAGAAACUAUUUCUGGUGGCCAAAGCUCAGUAAGGAUACUGAACACCAUAUCAAAUUAUGCGAAACAUGUUUAAGAUUAUCUCGCAAAAAUGCACCGUUACCUUUAACAAGCAGAGAGCUCCCAGAAGGACCGUGGGAAAUAUUACAAGUAGAUUUCUUUGCCGAUCAUGAGUUUGGCCAUGGAGAGUUUCUUGUAGUUGUUGAUACCUACUCCCGCUAUUUGCACGUUGUCGAAUUGAAAAGCAUGGACGCUGAUGCUACUAACCAAGCCCUUUUGCGAAUUUUUGAGGUUUGUGGCUACCCAUUAGCCAUACAAAGUGAUAACGGCCCUCCCUUUCAAAGUGACAAAUUCGUGAAAUCAUGGGAAGAACGAGGAGUGAAGAUUUACAAAUCUAUUCCAUUAAGCGCGCAAUCAAACGGGGCAGUAGAAAGACAAAAUAAGGGUAUAAAAGAUGCCUUAGCAGCAGCAAAACUGGAUAAAAACAACUGGAAAACAGCACUUGAUAAGUAUUUGCACAUGCAUAACAAAGUAAGACCUCUCUCAAGGUUAGGUGUGACACCAUUCGAAUUACUCGUGGGUUGGAAGUUCAGAGGCACGUUCCCCUGUCUCUGGAGUGCAAAUUCAACGGAACAGCUGGAUAGAACCAACAUAAGGGAAAAGGAUGCGUUAUCUAAGCUUGACAGUAAGGUAUACGCAGACAAUAGAAGAGGUGCAAAACCUUCAGACAUCACAGUCGGUGAUACCGUGCUUAUGGCGCAACCAAAAAAGCACAAAUCAGACCCGACUUUUUCUGCUGAUAGGUUCACUGUCAUUGCUAGAGAAGGCGCCAAGGUGAUAAUUCAAAGCAAUCGUGGUGUUCAGUACUCCCGUAAUGUCCAGGAUAUAAAAAGAGUGCCAGAACGUUUGGAAACAACGGAUAACCAACUCUUGAACUACCGAGGGGCAGAUGACAUUAAUUGUCCUGUGUUACAAGAUGAAGAUGAAGACAGUAUUCAAGAAAAUGCGACGACUCGACCGAAAAGAUUGAUCAAGAAACCUGAUAGAUUUAAGGAUAUGGUAUUAUUCACUAUCUUUGAUUAGAGUAGGGGAAGAUAGCAUUGUAGAGUUAGGAUGAAAUAAUAAUAAAACAGCCAAUAUUGUGAUUCCCAAAUAUAACAUAAUUCGUAUUAACUUAGCAAGCUGAA